CAGGGAGAAAGAUGAAGCUUUCUACUCCCAGAGAAUCAGUCUUGAAAACCCACAGGGGCAGUUCCAUCCUGUCCGAGGGUCGCUGGGAGUUAGCAUGGACUCGAUAGCGCUAAGUUAUGCUUUGGUCAUCCUCAGUACCCUGAGGGUCUGGAAUAGAGACUAGGAGAGCGGCUAAGGUGUUGUCCUGGGCAAUCCUCUCCGUGGCCACCCAACACUUAUCCCUGGAUUGUCGUCUGCAUUGACUCAGGACAAAGGAGGCUUUGUGGUCCCAGUUAAGGCCCCACCUGAGCUACCUGGGUGUUUGUACCCUGCCUGCCCUCUCACCUGAGGUUCAGGGUGCCCACCAGGCACAUCCAUCAGCUCAGGGGCCUCAGCCACCUGCCGAGAGCGUCGUAGGAGGACAAGGAAGUCAUCGGCAGUGACCAGCACAGCACCCACUCCCAGUGGGUCAGCCAGCACUGUGCCUGCAGGUCCUGACCAUGCACCCCAGUGGAAGCAGGAGGCAGGGAACCCUCGAGGCCCGGGCUAGAAGGGCCCAUCAACCCCGUGGACAGGACCGAGAUGUGCAACUGUCUAAGGCCCUGUCCUACGUCCUGCGCCAUGGUGCCCUGAAGCUGGGGCUUCCCUUGGGGGCAGAUGGCUUCGUGCCCCUGCGUGCCCUCCUGCAGCUGCCCCAGUUCCGUGGUUUCUCAGAGGAAGAUGUGCAGCGCGUGGUGGACAGCAACCAGAAGCAGCGGUUCGCCCUGCAGUCAGGGGACCCCGGCACGGGCCCUCUCAUCCGAGCCAAUCAGGGUCACUCCCUGCAGGUCCCUGAGUUGGAGCUGUUUCCCCUGGAGACGCCACAGGCCCUGCCUCCCGUACUGGUCCACGGCACCUUCUGGAAGCACUGGCCAUCCAUCCUGCUCAAAGGCUUGUCCUGCCAGGGGAGGACACACAUUCACCUCGCCCCAGGACUGCCUGGGGACCCUGCUGUCAUCAGUGGCAUCCGGCCCAACUGCGAAGUGGCCGUGUUCAUCAAUGGAGCCCUCGCCUUGGCAGAUGGAAUUCCCUUCUUCCGCUCUGCCAACGGGGUGGUCUUGACGCCAGGGAACGUCAAGGGCCUCCUGCCCCCCAAGUACUUCAAGGAGGCCCUGCAGCUCCGGCCCACCCGAAGAGCCCUCCCCCUGUCAGGCAAUGAAGAGCCAGGUUGUCCGAGUGACCCCGAGCCCAGCCCUGGAGCAAGAAAGCCGGUCCAGCAAUAAAAUAAUUAUUUAUAAAAUCAGAAAAAGGAAAAAAAAAAAAAAAGAGUCCUGAUUUGAAACUAUGGGUCAUCACCCCCUCGGGACAUGUGGUUCUUCUUGUGUGCUCGGCGACUCUAAUCAGGUCGAUGGGUGUAGCCUUGACCAUCAGACCCUCCUCAGUCCAGGUGGCGGCAGUGUGGCUCACUCAGACCACGGGAAAGCAGGUGAGCGUGCCCAGCCC